UGCAGGAGGUAGAAUAAUGUGAUGCUGUUGCUGUCGUCUGGAUUUUUUAAGAUAAACAUAUAAAAUUAACAUCUUGUCCCUUAUUCGUUUACAGAAAGUCUUCCCUAAUGUCGAUAAAUAUUAUUUUUUUGCGUACUAGCAAAGUCUAGGGUCUCUUAUGUGACCAUUUGAAACACGUCUGGCGUGAUAGGUACUUCGUGUGGCCUUUUUUUUUUUUACCUCAGUGCCCGUCAUUUGUUUGUUUAGCUCACAACUGCUCAUAACUUAACGUUAACUCACAAUGAAGCAACUAAAAUAAUGAAGGAUUCUAAUAGGAGGUAGUCCGGCGUGCAGCUGCAAUGUUUUAUACAUUACUAACUAAGAUCAUCUAUCGGUGUUAACAGGCGAACAAAUAUGAAGGAGGAUAACAUGGGGGGAAAGGUUAAAAUCGAGAACGGCAACACGUUUUGAAAUGGCCUCAGGAAGUGAAGAGUGUGUGACAGCAGAAGCCUCAUGUAUGUGCACUAAUACUUGCACAUCUUGAAAGACGUAGAGUCUCCCAUGUGACCUGUACACUUCCUUCAAACGACACUUUCUCUCUCUGUGUCUGCGGAUACAGGUUUUAAUCAGUAUUUUUUGGAUCCCAACAAGAACCAGUGUCACAGCAAUGCACAAGCAGCCGGCACUGGUACUUCCUGGAGCUGUUCAGAUGAGGAUCAGGAACUCUCAGAACAGCCCUGGAGAAAGACUGAGCCAGACUAAAUCCAUGGUCCUCUCAGAGCCUGAAACACUACAGAAACCUGUGACCUCUAUUAACCGUCAUCGGAGGAACCAGUCUCAACAUAACAUUGAUGCUUCUGUUGGGCUGCAGCCUGCUUUAAAAGGAGAAUAUUUAAACAAAGCCAAAAUUGCUGAAGGAGGGAAGAAAUUACGGAAAAACUGGACUUCAACCUGGGUUGUUCUUUCCUCUAAUAACUUAUUAUUUUAUAAGGAGAGCAAACAAGAAGCUGUGGCUAAUCUGAAACCCGGUUGCAAACCAGAUGGUGUGGAUCUGUGUGGGGCUGCGAUCGAGUGGACAACAGAGAAAUCAAGCCGAAAGAAUGUGAUUCAGAUAACCACUCCUACUGGCCACGAGUUUUUACUACAGGCCGAUCAUUAUCCAACAAUCUCCAAAUGGCAUGAUGCCAUCAAAAAAACAGUGGACAGUCUGUCGAGUGGAGCAGGAGGCCAGAGCUAUGGAAGAGCAGCCCUACAGAGAUCCAACAGUACAGAAUGUGUGUCCAGACCAACCUGUGAUCCCCCUAAACCCAAACCAAAAGAGUCCAAAUCUGAACACAGACGCUCCAUCAUGUUCAAGUUGAAUUACAGCGCUUCAGACAGCGCCGAUAAGAACGGUGUCAAGAACCGACUGAAGAAGUUCAUCUCCAGACGGCCCUCGAUGAAAACGCUACAGGAGAAAGGCAUUAUUAAGGACCGUGUAUUUGGAUGUCACAUACUGACCUUAUGUGAGAGAGAAAGGACCACAGUGCCCAGACUUGUCAAGUUGUGUGUAGAGGAGGUGGAGAAAAGAGGCCUGGAAGCCGAUGGGCUAUACAGGGUGAGCGGCAAUUUGGCCGUUAUCCAAAAACUACGCUUCCUAGUUGAUGAAGAGGAGGAGCUUGACUUGGGCGACAGCCAAUGGGAAGACAUCCAUGUCAUCACCGGAGCGCUAAAGAUGUUUUUCCGCGAGCUGCCAGAACCCCUGUUUCCCUUUCGCUUUUUCGAACUGUUUGUUGAAGCCAUUAAAAUUAAGGAGACCACACAGAAAGUUCAAGCAAUGAAAAAGCUGAUCCAUCAACUUCCCAAACCCAACCACAACACCAUGAAACUGCUCUUCCACCACCUGAGGAGAGUCUUGACAAAGUCACGGCAAAACUUAAUGUCGACCCAAGGCAUUAGCAUUGUGUUUGGACCAACUCUCAUGUGGCCAGAGUUUGAAUUGGGAAACAUGGAAGUCAACAUGGUGUACCAGAACCAAAUAGUGGAGUUCAUUUUAAUUGAAUGCAUUGAGAUCUUUGGACCAGAGGGCAAGUAAAGUGACAACAGACUGAAAAUUAAAGUAAAGUAAUGCAAUUUGUAUAAUUAAAAUAAAAAAAAAUGUGAAAUGCGUGUUACUCCCCUAGAAUUAUUUUGUUUUGUUCUUGAUAUGUUCUUAUAUUGCCUCUUUAAGCCGCAUUCAGACAGCCAGCGAUGUUAUCGCUGCUCAUCGCCUGCCGCUGGUGGUUGAUGUCGCUUGUGGGCGUUCCCACUUCUGGUUGCGUAGUAGUGUGACGUUACCCCAUGUUGUAAACAACAAAUCAGUGCUCCACUUACUUCACUCCCAUUGGUAGUCACUCGUGAAACUCGCUGCUAAUUUGCAUAAAGUUAAACUUUUCUCAACUUUUGUCACGCGACUCCGUCGCUAAUCGCGCCUACAUUCUGUCGCCAACGGUCACGUUCGCUCGUGUCGCCGGAAGUCGCCCAGUUUCCAUUGAAAUGAAUGAGAUCGCGUCGCUCUGCUACUGCUUGUCGUUGGCUGUCUGAAUGGGGUGUAAGAAAGAUUUUUUUUUUGUUAAAUCAGAUAUUUUUUAUUUUAUAAUGCAAACAUUUGCAUAGUAUUAUACCUCACCAAAACAUCAUUGUGAAAGUUAAAAGUCUGUAUAUUUGUAAUAAUAUAAAUGAUAUACUAGAAAAAAUAUUUUUGUAAAUGGGUUUGUUGUUUACCAUAAAUAUGGUACGAAUUCCUAUAAGUUUAAAAUAAAGUAGCUGAAAGCAACUCUCUCGCAUUAUCUUUGAAAUAUAUAUUUGGGUACAAAGCUACUGUUUUGCUAAACCAGAUUGUACAGUUAUUUCAGUGACACAUAUUGCUUUUUGUAUUGAGAUUGUGUGCCUUGUAUUAAUGAUAAAAGUCUUUGUUUGUAAAAAAUAAAAGAUUUUUCAUAAAAA